AUGCAUAAGGUUUCUGAUGGGCAGAAACGCCGAGUGCAGAUAUGCAUGGGACUCUUACAUCCCUUCAAGGUGUUGUUACUUGACGAGGUCACUGUUGACAUUGAUGUCGUUGCAAGGAUAGAUUUGUUGGAAUUCUUCAAAGAAGAAUGUGAUCAGAGAGGAGCUACCAUUGUAUAUGCAACUCAUAUAUUCGACGGGCUAGAGACAUGGGCUACACAUUUGGCUUACAUUCAGAAUGGUGAGCUGAAUCGUUCAUCAAAAAUGGCAGAUAUCAACGAGAUGAAAACUUCACCCAACCUCCUCUCCGUGGUAGAAUCUUGGCUCCGUUCUGAAACCAAACUUGUGAAGAAAAAGAAGAAGAAGGAGCCUGUGGCAGCAUGGAAACCAUCUCCAUUAGAUAACUCUCCUUUUAGGUCAUCUAGACACAUGGCUUACUACCGAUGA